AUGAAGAUCACAAUACCCAUGCGCACUGCCCCAAACCACUCAAGACAGGUGACCAUUCCCACGGACGCCGGUUUCGUGGUCCUCACCGCCGACACAGCCAUCGAUACCCUCAGAAUCAACGGAGGGGCCCUGGUAACCCACGACAGCACCUGCUUGCCGGGGUGGACCCCCGCACCAGGCGGUACCUCUUCCUCCUUCGGCAGCAAGAAAUGCUACCGCUUCUUCGACCGCGCUUCCUCGUGGCCGGCAGCGCAGAGCGCGUGCGCGAGAGCGGUGUCGCAGCUUCAGGCCGGACUCUCUCGGGGUGGCGCUCUUCGUGGAGCCCUCGUGACGGUGCAGGGGCUAGGGGAGAACAACUGGGUCGCAAGGAUGUGCAGAGGGGAUUCUCAAGAGCGCGACUGUUGGGUGGGCAUGACCAGGAGUUAUCGUGGGGCGGGAAGGAUUGAAACGGGGGAUGACCUAGAGUGGGCAGAACUCGAGAAUGUCGCGGGUGAGUUGCGGUACCGUUCGUGGGCCACGCGGGAACCUUCCGACUUCGAAAACGACGAGGCGGGCGAGAACUGCGUAGCAAUCCAGGGCUCGAGGAAGCGAGCUGCGGACCAGGGCGAAGCGCGCUGGUACGACGAUGGAUGCGAAGCAGAGAAGCCCUUCGUCUGCCAAGCAUUCGGAAUCAGCACCCCCUUCUCGCUCUCGGUGUCGACCGAACUCGAGAUGGCCGGCGGGUACAUCGUCGGCGCCGGAACGGUGACCAGCUCAACUCUCGCAAAGGUAUCCGGGGACAACGGCGAGGUCGGGAUUCUUAACGGUGCGACCCUCCUAAAUUCCGGUUCGAUGGACUGGUCGGCAGCGGAGGCUUGCGGAUGGGGUGGAUCCUUGCACAACACGGGCACGUUGACGUUCAGUGGCGCCAUUUUGCUGGAAGCGGCCGAAGAUGGAGAGGGGUUUCUUUCGGACAAUGCGGGAGCGUGGCCAGCAGUAGUCAAUGACGAGGGCGCGGAGGUGGUUUUUGAGGCUGGUUCGGAGGUAGAUCUCGAGUGGCUGCUCUGGAACGAAGGCGGGAGCGUGCUGGUGGAAGGAGAGCUAGAUUCCACGGGGGGUGGAUACAGUUCGAGCGGGACUUGGACGGUGGAGGUGGGGGGAGAAGCUAGGUUCUCGGACAGCUCGCUCAUCAUGCAUCAAUCUGAGGUUGUCGUGGUAACGCUACAAGCGGACAGAGAGGGACUCUGGGGGGUCUCAACGUCUCAACCCUCGGCAAUCCCACACGCCACCCCCCCACCCCCACACGUACUGGAGCAGGAGGCUCUGGAAGAAAUGUCUUCGAUCGACGAGGAGGGUGGUGUCACCGUACGGAGGGACGGGAACGGAAAGUUGAAGCGAUGGCAGUACGGCUACAGGUACGUGGUUACGUUUGACGGUACUCGAGCUCUCUCCGGGGGCAGCAACACCCUCGCCCUUUCCUGCGCCGGAAGCGCCGACGAUUGCGGCUGCGUCGACAUCUCGGGAGCCAUCGAGGGGACCGGCAGCAGCCGCGUCGGAUGCGGCGCCGCGAUAUUCGACAGCAGCGACGACGGUGCCUCUACGAGCGCCGAGUUCGAUAGCUCCACGUGCCGGGUGCAGGGGACGGUGGAGCUCGAGACGCUGAAAGAGGGGGGCGAGACGGUUAUUUCCGGGGGCGGGGUGCUCGUGUUUGCCAACGGGGGGCAGUACUUUUUGCCCUCGGCGGUGACGGCGGAUGUUGAGGUGAUGUCCGGGGCGGAGGUGGUGUGUCCCAAUUCGGCGGCGGAGCUUGUCGGAGCGGUGAACGUCAGCUCCGGCGGUGUGCUCUGGUUUGCAGGUACGGGUGUGCACAGUAAAUAUUGGAGGUCUUGUGCGACCGAAGGGCGCAGUUGGUGAUAAUGCCGCGUUGUGCUUGGUAUAUAUAAGCCAAUUUGUUUUGCGAUGCACGUCAUCGAUAUGUACCGAGCGGACCGAAUACAUCGCGGUUCCGCCAACACCCUCCUUUCAUACGCCUCGCCGAUUGAAACCUGACCGUCACCUCACUCCUGAGUCGGAAAACAUGUACUCAAUAUAUAACUAUAUCCACAACUUUUCCCGAGCUUCAAAGGUGCUUGCCACGUCCUUGCAACAUGUGAUCCCCGUUGUCUGCAGGAGCCGACUGGGAAGCCCUCGAUGCCGUCAGCCUGCUCCACUCCGACCCUGACACCCCAGGGCGGUCGGGAUCCGCGGUAGCGUCGCCGCCGGGAUUCAACGCCACCAUCGACGGCGACGUCAACGUCCAAGGCCACGGGGAGGUCCGCCUGGCGGCGGCAACGGCGGCGGCAACGGUGGUGGUUCUCGGGUCGCUUACGCUUGCCGGCGGCGGUCUGUCUGGCAGGGGUCGCAUCUCCGUAGAGGGCUCCACGCUCGUCGUGGCAUCUGCUGGUGACGAAGAGGAGGAUGCGUCGUCUCUCAGGAACGGGCUGACGCUUGAUAUGUACGGAGGCGGGGAGUGGAGCGGGGGAGGGUUGGAGGCGAGGGAUGGUGUGACGGUGGUGAAUCGAGGCCUGUUGAAGGCCUCGGCCGCAGGCGGGAUUUGGUUCGGGCAUGGUAAGGAGCCAGAACGUUUCGUCUACCUCCGACCCCCAGUGCGUGGUGUAGAUUAACCUCUAGACCACGGUGAUUGAUUGAACAUCGACCGUUGUCAUGUCUUGGGAGGUUGUGGCAACAAGAAGUUUUUCAAUGCGCCUUCGGGAAAAAGCCUCAACACACUUGACUACAGCGCCUCGCCUAGUAAAAAGUAUUUUGCUUCCAGCCCACGUCCACGACAUCACGUCUCGUGUCUUUCGAUCCAACUUCGAAUGCCAACAUUGACGCAUCUUGAUCCUGAGGUGGGGACUUCGGUGCACGAGCACCCCUCGACUUCGACGGCGAACAAUGGUACGAGAACCCUGUGUGUGGU